AUGGAUACAUGGAGAUUGUAUGCUGCAGAUUAUGAAGUGAGUGAAAAGGAGGAUUCCUUCAUAGUUGAUUGGGAGCCAAGCGAUAUGAAGAAUAAUCCGAUGAGUUGGUCCAUUAAAAAACGAUUUUGUUGCACAAUUAUACUUACUUUAGUAUCAUUUAUAGUUACAAUGGCGUCCUCAGUUGGCUCAGGCACAUAUGAUGCGGUAUGUAAGGAAUUUGGAGUCAGUAAGGAAGUUUCAGAAAUGACAACGUCUCUUUUCUUAGUUGGAUUCGCUAUGGGAGCACCUGUCUUGGCCCCCAUGUGCGAGGAAUUUGGACGACUUCCCGUAUACAUUGGAAGCAUGCUUUUAUUUUCUUGUUUUCAGAUUGGUGCUGCUACUUCCCAGAAUAUGGCCUCCUUGGCGAUAUGUCGCUUCUUUGCGGGCUUUUUUGGAACUUCUCCGUUGUCUAACGCUGGAGGUAGCAUUGCUGAUAUGUGGGAAUCGGAUAAGAGAACUCUCACAUUUUCGUUUUUUGGUGUGUCAGGUUUCCUCGGGCCAUCACUUGGGCCAGUGAUAGGGAGCUACUUGACCAAGUCGUAUUUAGGUUGGAGAUGGACGAACUAUCUUGCUGCAAUAAUUGGCUAUGGAAUCACAGUGAUUGUUUUCUUCUUUAUGCCCGAAACUUUUAGUCCUAUAAUCAUGGAUCUCAAGGCUGCUGCUAUUAGAAAGAAAACAGGAUGUAAAGACUACAUCUCUCUUCAUGAGAUUCAAAGAGAGGGUAGGUCGCCGUUUUCAUUACGCAUCUUUUUCCGACCUUUUGUUUUUGCAGUGACUGAGCCUAUCGUCACUUGUUUUACUUUGUGUAUUAGUAUCAGUUAUAUUGUCUUGUUCACAGACUUUGAAGCCUUUACAUACAUUUUUGGUACUUGGGAUUUUGAUUUUGCUAAAUCUACACUUCCUUUUAUCGCAGUUAGUUUAGGUAUAGUGGCAACUUUGUUGAUUGUGACACCCAUAUCAUAUCACUUUUUUAUGAAAGAAGGAAAGAAGCAUGGUUCUAUUGAUAAGAUUUCUCCAGAAAUACGUCUUGUUCCGUUGAUGGUAUGUGCUUGGUUUAUUCCCAUUUCACUUUUCUGGGUAGCAUGGACGACAUAUGAAUCCAUUUCGCCGUGGCCAGCUAUUGUGUCUACGUUUUUUUUUGGCUUGGGUAUGAUGCAAGUUUUUCUUACUACUUAUUCCUACGUCAUUGAUUCUUACGGGGUAAAUUCUGCGAGUGCUUUGAGUACUCUAACUCUUGUCAGAUACAAUAUUUCAGCAGGAAUGGUUCACGUUGCAGAUCCGAUGUAUCGUAAUUUAGGAGUGCACUGGGCAGCAUCGUUAUUGGGAUUUAUAAGUUUAAUCAUUUGCGUCAUGCCUUUCAUAUUUUACUUUUAUGGUCCAAAAAUCAGAAGUUAUUCCAAAUUUACCACUGCCUCAAAAGUCAAACCUCAAGAGGAGAAAGAAGAAGAGGAGGAAGAAGAAGAAGCGGGAAUUACUGUUCCCUAA